AAAAUAAACGAGCGUCAAUCGUUUGACUUUAAAAUGUUGAAAUAUCAAGAUGGUGUAGAGUUGAAUAUUAUUGCUUCACAACAUUGUGCGAUCAAAUCUAACUGAAUAUGUAAUGAUAAUAUCUCAUGCAUAGAGAAUGUGAUGCAUGUGAUCGGUUGACACAUCGUUUCCUACAAACUAAAUAUAUUUUCACAUCACAUGAUCGAUAUGAAAAUGGCCUAAGCAAUGCAACUACUCGACCUACUGUGUUGUGCAUAAUAUAAACUGAUUUCACUUCCACAACUAAUUAGUCGAACAAUGUCAGUCAAUUUGUUGUUCCUCGUCACAGUAAUUUCUUAUCAAACUGUGUAUACAGUUGUGAGCAACCCUACAACAACUGAGUUCAAUAACAAUACCAGUGCAUUGAAUAAAUCAUCAAGUCUAUUGAAUUGGAGAAAUACAAUCUCACAAUGUGUUCGAUUGUAUAUGGAAACAAAUCAACUUGGUGAUUGGUUCGAUAUAUGUGAUAGUAAUGAGCUGCUCUCAUCAACAUGUGUUUGGAGGACAAAAUCGAUUUGUACAACUGGAAAUACGAAUCCAUUCAGAAAAACAUAUUGGUUAAUAUAUGAGUAGGUUUGUCCAAUUUCAUAUGAUCCGUUGUGAGGUUUAUCUUGUUUAUUGGGCAUCUACGAAGUUUCUCCACUUAUUCGUUAAUUCUAUUCUCAUGAAGUUAUGUCACAGACAUCAUUCGAAAACACUGGAAUUUAAUAGUUAUGCUUAUAGUUUGUAAUUCAUGAUACAAUCACAACCAACUGCCAUGAUGAUUUCCGGUUCUCUAUGUUGUACAUCAUGUAUUGGCAUAUAGACAACAUACUGUUUGGUGAAUUUCCGUAAAAUAACAAAAUUGAAGAUCAUCAUUCAUUUUGUUGUGUAGAAUUAGGAAUUAGAAUUAAUUGAUUGGAGACACGAAAAUAAUUUCAUUCAGUGAUGAUGAAACAUUAUAGACCAGUCUGUGUGUGUGUGUGUGUGGGUGUGUGGGUGUGUGUGUGUGUAGUGAUGCAUUUCGUCUUUCCAAUCAUUGUUAUCAGUUGAUUCACGAAAUGUAGUUGGUCGACUUGCUUUAGAUAUUCCGAUUACAUGACGAAUGGAAAGAGUGUUUGCUUCGUUUUGAAUAUCUUCGGAUUAUAGGUAGGUAAUUUGCCUAGUUAUCUGAUGCUUCCAUUGUCUCCUAUCAAAGAUCAUCAAAUGUGAAAAUAUGAAUAUAAAAUGAGAUACGAUCAGUGAGAAUACCAGUUAAUUUUGUACACUUUCGCUGUCUUCGUUGGUAAUGUAAAUACAUAUGGUUUUCAGCAGAACGAGUUAUGUGUUUAUCUGUGAUCAAAUGAUGACUGGCAAAUUGUGGUUCAGUUGAUCUACACAUAAGCAGCAUCCGUUGAAUGAAUAAAUAAUGUCUGGUGUAGUUCUAGAGCAAAUACAUUCCACAAAACUGUGAUGCUUUCAGAUCUAUAAAUAAAUUGAAUUAAUUAUCAUCAUGAUUAAUUUAUGAUUUUCAUAUCUACUUUUGCACGAUUUUAUCCAUCUUUAUUUAGACGAUCUCAUUUCGCAGGACCUAGCAAGUUUGGUAGAUCUACAGAAGAACAGUGUCAACAAUAAAUAAUUACAAGUACAAUCUCUUCGUUUGAAUUUCUUUGCCCAAUUUUCCAAGAGAGAGUUGACCGAGAGAUUAGUACAGAUUGUUUUCUAAUAGCGUGGCAUUUAUCCUAUUCUCUGUUGCCAGGGAACAUUCUGUUCUCCAGAAGUAUUUUUCAUAACCUACCAUUUGAUUUGUCCUUUUAAAUGACGUGCUGUUUUCAUUUGAAUAAUGCAUUUUUAUAGGUUUUCAAUGGAUCUACCAAAUAGCUAUUAUACACAAUCACUUGGUGCUCAAACACAAAUCUCGAAACAUAUUUAUUGGAACGUGCUCUGUCUAAUGUCCCUAUUACGACUUGUGAGCACCUCAACACUCUUCAGAUACAUCUGAAUAGCUGUGACAAUGCCUGUAUCAUUAAAUACCGUCACAACAGGUUAUAUGACUCAGUCCAUUACUUAAAGUAUCAGCUGUCUAAAUACCAGUUUCAAAUGAGUAAAAUGAAUUUGAAUUUAAUAGACGUGUUAUGUUCACACAGUUGUCAGCUGAAUAAAGCAUUCUGAAGUUCAUCUUUAAAUUACGUGACAUACAUUGUUAAAUAAGCAGUCGAACUUCCCUAUUUGUAUGUAGGUUCUGAAAACAUUUUGGAAACUUUCAGAAAGUGGAAUACUGUAGUCAAUGUGCUUGUUUCAACUACAAACUUCAGUGAUCAAAUAGCAAUAUAAACCUGAUCGGAUCGUCCCUAUUCUUCAUUCCCACCUUUCUGAAUAUACGUUGAAAUUUAGUGAUAGUUCUAAGCCAAUCAGGAUCAAGAAGGUAGUGUUGAUGUCACGAUGGAAGUAUUGAAUUUCAGUGACUCAAGUCAACACUAGGCUCAUUCCAGUCAACCAGAACACAUCAAAUAUCGAUGCGUAACUCAUUAUGUAGAAUACAGUAAACUACAAGAUAGUGUAACUUUCACUGAUUUCUCGUUAUUUAUUUUAUGUUGAAUGUAAUGGAGAAGUUUAUCCGUAAGGCUCCAUGUCACUUUGACUUGGAUCUUUGUUUGAUCUGUUCAGCAAUACAUGUACUACAAAAUGCCUUCCAAAUAUUUGGUCUAUACUAUUUUGUUGACCACUAGGUAGCUGAAUGAAAACUAAUCAUCAUCAGUACUCAAUUAUUUGUUCUUGAGAGUACGAAUCCUCUCACACAUGUGUCAAAAUAAUCUCUUCACAUUGGUUUAUUUCGCUAAUGAACAUUACAGUUAAACAUUACUCCAACCAGCAAUUCAUUGAGUACUCUUAUAACAGCUUAGCAUCCACAAUGGCACAUGAAUCAAUAUCUCACCAACCUAACGCUUCUCAACAUAUCUAUCACGCUUUGUUUAUUGAACUUAGUAAUGGUGAAGAGGAGAAUGAUGUUAUUAGUUGGAUAUUUGGAUCCUGGCUUGAAAGUUGUUUCUUGAUCCGCAUCGGUCAUGCAUUACAAUCAAAUUUGCCUAAUAUUGCUUACCGGUAACAAAACACACCAUUCAUGAGAAGUACGUCAUGCAACGUAUUAUGUAACUGAGUCAACCACAGAAAAUCACUCAUACACAGUGCAAUAUUUCAUAUUCACACAACUCACAUCAUCAUGUGCCCAAGCAUAUUUGGGUGUAUCAUAACGAAAUAGUUAGUGGUAAUUAGGCAUCGAUAUAGUUGUUGCACGAAAUCCAUAAUUGAAACAACAAUCACAGAGAAAGUUUGGCCAUCUAUCGAAUAUAAUUGCAUUACAUAGUUUAAUGGACAAUGUAUAUACCUAUUAUAUAGUGUGAUAGCACAACGGAGUAUUGUUCAAAUUAAGACGUAUUUAAAAUCGACAACUCAAUUAGUAUGAUACUCAUAUAGCUAAUCAUUUUCUUCUCUUUUCUUGAACAAAAUCCUUCGAAGUGUAUCCGCCAACUUUGUGCAAUAUAAACAAUAAACGUUUACCUAAAUUAAUGUUUGGCUACAAGCAAUCUUUCAUGUGGAUAUUCAAAGUUCACAAGUCUCACUUUUAACCUAACCGGUAAAUGCUUCUUAGUAUAAGAUGAAAACAGUUCAAUUGAUCAUGUAAACUACCUAUGCAAUCUAUUCAACUUGUAUGAAAGUGAUGACAUAACUAUAUUUGACAUCAGAUAAUGUGAUCAAAUGAAGGGUUGUAAUAAGUGAAUUAUCCAUGAAAACUCCUUUCCUAAUUCACUAAUAAACAUUCAAGUGUCCUGAAAUUCCUGUUUUCCCUGUCUUAUGUCUCAUUUUUUCAACAGACUAAGAAGCAUAUAAGCAGUUAGCAGAGUGAAUCAAUAUCCAUCGAUUCGAAAUAAACAGCUAUAUUGUACUUCCAUUCUUAUUCCCACACUUCAAUUGUAACUUCGCGCGAAUUCGGUUACAUUGACAUCAGUAGCAUAUAACACAUCUUGAUUAAGAUGUCCCACAUAAAUCAGUCGGAUAAUUUUUAAAUAUUUUUUGAGUUUCCUAGCUACUAGAAAUGAGAAGUAAUGCGCUACUUGUGGCGUGGUGUCGAGUUGCGGUUGACUAUGAACACCGCUACCAAGGAACGCGUGUCAGCAUAUCCAUAAAAUCCCCCGGAAGCCAAAUAUCAGAAGGCAGUUAAUGGACCAAGUCGAGAUAUGUUUGCUGGCGAUCUCGUGGCAUCGAAAGGAUACCGAGAUCGCGCCAGGAUACAAGCUUGGUUACAGAAGGCAACCGAAUUAGCGCGAGGUCACAAUCGAAGUGUAAGUAUAAUGGAUGUUUUUAGCACAGCUACACAAUAGCACAGUAAAACAGUCACUGGUACAAUUGGUUAUAAUAAUAAUUGUUUUCAAUAAACCAAUCGUAUUCUCGUGAUAAAAGUAAGUUACUUCAUACUAGUCACUUGAUUAUAUUGUAGAUGAAAUCCGUUUUUCAAUAAAGUACAAUAGAAUCUGGAGCAAAAAUAGCUUCAAUCCGCCUCAAGGCUCCUCAUUGAUUACAAACACUACUUAAAAGAUGCUAACAUGGAGGACGGAAAGGAGUAAGAAAACCUAAAUUAUAAUGCAAUAACUUGGUUGAUCUAAAAUUUGGGUGAAUGAUGAUCAGAAAUUCAGUAGUCACCUCAUAAUGGAUGAACACUUGACAUUAAAACUUCUCUUCUCAGUGUAGAUAUAUAUCUGCUUUUACAUUGUGUCUCAUCAUAAAACGAUCAACUACUACUCCAUUCGUGUUGGUGAACUAAAGAUUUAGAGUAUAACUACAUAUUCGGAAACUAUUAACGGAUAUUUCUUGGCAGCAUUACCAACACGAAAUAGCACGAAAUGGUGAGAUUCGUGUCUAUUUCUAAUAAACUUAAUCACAAGUAUCUUUUUCUCCACAUCAUCCACAAAAUCGAACAAAACGAGAACACCACCUGUCUGUCAAUGUUCAGUAAAAUAACGAAUUUCCUGUAUUAACUUCACGUGACUCCACCUAAUGCCUUUACUUACCAGUUGAAUUACUUAUUCGCUUCACUUAUAUGUUACUUGAUUCAAUUAUAAUGAUAGUUUGUAUAUUUUGGACCGAUGGUCAUUUUUCUUGAUGUAAACUAAGACUGUAACAGCAUGAAACACUGUGGCUGAGUAUCUGCUGGACGAACUUGAAC